AUGGAUGCGCAAUCCUACAAAACCGUCUGGGCAGCAUGUCGAGCAGUAAUUUUCGGAUGUAUCAUCAUCGCUGUGGGACUUGCAAUGACAAUUCUAGGCUAUUUCGACAAGCAUUUCUCAGAGAAAGUCGAAAUGAUUAAUGGAACAAGUACAGUUACAUAUGACAAAUUAAUACAAUUUCAAUUGAAAAGUAUGCAAUAUCUGGGACCAAUUCUGAUGGGUAUUGGAUCAUUCCUGCUGAUAAUUGCUUGUGUCGUCACACUGGAAAGUCGGGAUAAGCAUGCGCAGAUAAUCACUGAAGAGUCAAUUAUUCAAAAACGGCGGAUUAUGGAGUCGAUAUCGGAAAGAUCGCAUGGAGAAUUUGACGAAUAUGAUGAAAAUGAGGAAUUAUUAGAGAGUAAUAGAUAUGUCACUCUUGAUGCGAAUCGACUUGCUCCGUUGGCUGAUGUCGAUUCUCUAACCGAUAUUUCGAUAACACAUCGUGAAUCGUCUUGUUCGAGAACGAAAACCGGCGAGCGAAGUGUUCAAACAUCACCGGAUGAUGAGAAGAAAUCCGAAGAGUUGUGCUCGAAUCAGGCGUAA